AUGCUUUCCAUGGUUAAUGCAAUUCCACAUCAACUUCUUAAAAGAGCCCCUUUUGUUCCGUGUCCCACACCUAAAGGUUCAACGCAUCCAGUAUCCUUUCUCCAAGUAUCAAUUUCACCCGAUCCUCCCGUCGCUGGACAAAGUGAUAUAGUUGUUGUUUCCGGAACUUUUUCGGAAGAUGUCACCCCCAAAACAAACCUUGCGGUUGUAUUUACUGAUUUAAGUCAACAACCCAUAGCACCUCCCACUGUUGUUUCUGCUUGCACUAAAACUGGAUGUCCAAAAGCUGGUACCAAAUAUAAUCAAACAGUGACCGUUAAAGCACCAGAAAGUUUACCAGCUACGUACAUUAUGGCAAUUGGUGUUGGAAAUUCAUUAACUGAUGUUCUAGGCUGUGCAUACGCUAUAUUAUAA